AUGCCGCUGCCGUUUGCCGCCGAGGUUAUUUGUCCGCUCUGGACAGCAGGUCACGCGUCACCGGACACCAACGCCACAGCACCCGAUCGGUCCUGCAAGGGGCGCAUCGAGAUUGCGUGGCGCGAGAAGACGAAGAAUGAGUUGGCCGAGCUGCUGAACGAUGCCGACAAUCAGAAAUCCUACAACGAUGGGCUCGCGAGCUACGAGGCUCAGCAGGACUCGAACCCGUCUGGGCGCGUGAAGCGCGGCUCGAUCCCACCAUUGGAGCUGGCCGAGAUCAAGGAAUCUGAGCAGUUCAGGGCUUCCGAGAACCUGGGAAUCUUCUGGCCACUCGAGACGCAUGAGGCAUGGUUCGGUUUCAAGCCGCCCGCGUCGGCGCACCAGACCAUGAAGAGGGGGGGCAAGAAAGUCAAGGGCGUCAUUCUCGAGGACCAGGAACAUAGGCAUCCCGAGGACGAUUCCGCGAUUCCGUCGAACCCGGCUUCGCGCACCAAGAGGAUCGGCGACAGCGAGCACGCCUGCAGGAAGGGCCAGAUCGCGGACGCCUACAAGGCAGCGGCAGCAACGGUCGGUGCUACGUCGAAGCGGGGCAAGGAUAAGGAUGGGGACGUCAGCAGGGAGUUCAACCUGAAGAUGCCGAAGAGGAAGAAGACGCUGGCCGCAGAACUGGCCAGCAGCCCGGACAGCCCAACGACCGACUGGUUGGGCGCGAUCGCGGGCUCGCUCCAACGCCAAGGGCAGCGGCGGGGCCAGCCUCAGGGAGGGCGCAACUUCGACAGCGCCGACUCCGACUCUGCCUCUGAGGGCGCCAACGGCGCGGCGGCGGAGAGCAAGCAGGCCGUUCAGCAGGCCAAGGAGAUCCAGACCAGCGAGUCCGUGAACUUGGGCGCCAACCACGUGCUCCAGAUGGCGGCCUCUCCCGCAGGGCUCAAGAAUAUUACAUCGGCGCAGAUUGCAACGCAUCUGAAAAAGCUGGAAAAGCGUGUGCAGCCAUCCAUGAUCAUGGCCCUGACGUCUAUCGGCGAUGCCAUCGACGACGUUGCCAGUGGCAGCUCAGCUUCCUGCACCCGCGGGCUGCAGGCCCUGGAGGACUCGCGGGAGUGCACCACCAAGUUGAAGGCGCUGGACGAAGUCGUGAAGUGCCUCGCCGCGACGACUGGCUCGGCGGAGCACCUCGAAGAGUGCCCGGAUGCUUGCAAGGCCGCGGGCGUACAAGUGUCUACAUCAGCUUUCCACUCCGUCUUGAAGAAGUCCCUGGCCCAGGACAUCGAGCAGAACGACCUCGCUGCUUGGGCUCUCAAGCUGGACAUUGGCGAUCGGGAGAACCUCCCGAAGCACGGGAUCUCCUGCCUCAAACCGCACCUCGGCGAGCCAGAGCUUCACAAGAAACAGGAGCACGCCAUCAUGAGCCAGCUGAUGGACGAGUUGAGGGUCCUUGAAGCGACGCCUGAGGGCAUUGACAGAAUCGACCAGUACCUCGGUUUCCUGCAGACUAUCACGAUCGGCUGUGCGGAGCUGAAGCGCGACCUCAAUGACCUCCGGGGUCUCGUGCAGUACGAGCCCGUCACCGACGACGCCAAGCUGACCGAGAUCAAGACCAGGGCAACCGACCAGGAGAGCCGAUUCGGCAAGGCGCUGAAGCUAUUCCCUCUGGCGAUUAUGAUCCUUGAGCGCGUGAACGCCAGCAUGGACCAGAAGGUCGCCGACAAGGCUAUGCAGGCUGAGCUCGCCGCUGCGUUGACGAAUCUCCCCCCCCGGGCGAACCCCAACCUGCUCGAGGUCAACGUGAAGGAGACGGUCAAGACGUGGGUGACGCACUCUCGCCUGCUGGCGAAGAUAUCUGCCACGGCGUCUAAACAGUUCCACGAGCUCAGCAAGGAUGCGUCGACGAGGAUCACCGACCAGCAGUCCAUCUUCAAGAAGGCGAUGGUCGCGGCCAAGUCGACCCUCUACUGGUCGGCCGUCCAGGCCUCGCUGAAGCACGUCCACCACGCAGUGCACGCUGGCGAGCUCCCCGCCAGCGCUCCGUCGAUCGCCGAGUUGGCCAAAUCCUUCGAGAACGCCGCGCAGGAGAUCAAGGACUGGGACUUGCGCGUCCAGCAGCGCCGGGCGCUAUCCAAGGGCCUUGCCAACUUCGCGAAGGAGAAGCUGGUUGGCGGCAGGUUCGUUCCCGACGUGACGGACAAGAUCGCGCUGCUGCUCGUCAACGUUACCCUGGCGAAGAUGCCGGCCGAGCUCCCGCAGGAGAUCCCGAGUGAUGCUGACAACACGUUCUGGGAGUGCUACAACCUGUUCUUUGCUGGGACGAGCGCUGGCGCGAUGAAGCACUGGGGAGCGGCGGCCUGCGAUCUGAAGUUAGCGUUGAAGAGUUCCCUGAAGGCGAAGUUCUUCGAGCAGCUCGACGUGCGCGUGGGCGGCAAGUACCGCGGCAUCUACGCAGCCCUUGCGAAGGCGGUUUCCAAUGGCAAGUUCGAGGUCGGCAGCGCGAUUGGAACGUUCGCCAGCGGCGUGGUGGAUGAUAUGAAGGAUGUGAAUCUGAACGGGGUCACCGAGGACACGGCCUUCUUGGGGAGCUUCCUGUCCGACCAGGCGGAGGGGACCCUGGCGAAUCGCAAGGUCAAGGUGGGCGAGCUCGAGGUGGAUGUGCGUUGGGUCUGCCUGGGGUUCGGGCCGCUGGCAUCGAUGUUCCUGGCGGCUCGGCCCCUUGAGCUGGCGGACUUCUCGGAGGCCGCCGCUUUCGGCGAGGGCACCAUGAUCAACGACUCCAUCGUGGGUAACGCGAAGAACCUCAAGAUGUAUCUGGAGGCUUUGACUGCCGCCAACCUGAAGGCGAAGUCCGGGGCGGAGCAGUGUUGGCAUUGCUCCGGGGCCGAGCAGGACACCUUCAUUCAGAUGUGGCAGACGUUCUUCGAGAAGGAAUCCGAGGUCGUGAAGCGCGCCGAAGCCGCGGGCGCGCAGAAGGCCACUGAGCUGCUGACGGAUCUUGUCACCUCCAUGCACGCGGAGGCGACCAAGGCCGAUCUCGACGGGGUGGCGGACAAGGUGUUGGCCGGAGCCACCGAGAUCCCAGCCGACCAGCUCAAAGGAUUGUUGAAGCUCGACUCUGCGAAUGAGCUGCUGAAGUCCUGGAAGGUGUACAGGGCCAACGAUGUGGUCGCGACUCGCCUCAAGACGGCGAAGGAGAUGGUGGCUGUGCUGACCUGCAUCCAGGACUACAAGAGGUUCGUGGCAGGCGGUGGCUGCGAGUACGACCCAGACACGGACUCUGGCAGCCAGAACCACUUCUGGGACGGCAUGGGCACGAGGCUCCAGUGCAGCAGGCGCAUCGACGCUGCCUACUUCCUCUUCGGGGAGAAGUACCCGGACCUGGCCGCGUCCAUGGCCGAACCCUCGUGCGACGCGGUGGGCACCGCCGACGGGGAGCUCGUGCAGCCUCUGAACCACUCUGGGGCGAUGCAGCCCACGAAGUCGUUCCACUGGAUCAUGUGA